GAGAGAGGAUGCUGAACAUCGCUUGACAUCGUUAGUGUGUUCUUUGCGUGGUGACCGAACGCAUGGUAUCGGAGCGGAGCAGCAUGUAUCCAGCUUACAACAGCACGGGUAACCUGACCCUUCGUGAGGCGUUCCAUCACUUCAUGACCCGGGUAGGAAAAAGGAACCUUAGUGAUGACUUCCACCACUUAACGGAUAGCGACUACUCCUAUGACGACUAUCUUGUCAGUCUUCACAACAAAACCCGAGAAUACCUCGCAAAUCGAGGUCAGCAGAUUGAUGACGAUAAGGAAGUUCUUCGAAAGCACAUGUUAGCCAUAGCCGUCAUUGUAUGUGCCUUCACAGUUAUCUUUAACCUCGCUCUGCUUCUCGUCAUCCUGGCACGAAGAAGCCUUCGAUCGAAACCCCUCUUCUGGAACAUCAUCAGCCUUGCUAUUUCGGACCUUGUAGUGGGUUUGUUCGUACUGCCCGUUAGAUUAGAGUACACGGACGCACUGACAUGGAACCAUGGUCUAGUUAUCUGUAAGGUCUGGUCCGUCAUGGAUAUCAGUCAUUUCUGUCUUUCUGCGAUGAUCUUGGUCAGUAUAUGCUCAGAGAGGAUUUUGGCCAAAAUGGAAACUAUUACCUCGAUUAGUAGUCAGACUGUCAAGAUGUUAUCAGUCAUAUUGACGGUGUUUCCAUGGGCAUUUCUCUUGUUUGUCUGUCUGCCCGUACUGAUUGUCGGAGAAGAAAACAUCCGCUACGAAACGAUGGUGCAUUAUGGGAGCUUCUGCAACUACGUACUAGAAUCGUCUUUCUUUAUCCCAUCGGUGACCGUCAUGUAUAUCCUUCCUUCCACUAUACUUAUCCUCGUCGUUACUGCAAUGGUGUGUGUCUACGUCAUUAAAGGCACUGCCUGGGAACGCCUCAACUCGAACACCACUGCAGCGGAGAGGAGGAGUUUGCGCAUGUCAACGGUAGCUGCGUUGGUAGUUGGUAUGGUUACAAUUAUAUUUUGGUUUCCAUAUAUAGUACUGUUGUUUAUUUACGUGACCUGUCGUGACUACUCUUGUCUGCCCAACCAAGUAACCUCAGCCGUAAUAUUCAUGGUAUCCAUCAGUACGUCAGCGGUGACGCCGUUACUAUGGUUACUCAUUGCUGAAGUCAGGGAAACGCUUGCCUCUCAAAUGAAUCCGAUCUUGCAUAAGAUACAUACGAGAUUGGGAUUCCGAAAACCUCCAGUUGAACGGGAACACAGUACGGAGCUGCUUGUGGACAAUGACUUGUAAGUAUAGAUAAAAUACACAUCCACCUAACGGUUAGUAUUUCUGACCUGUUCUCUAGCAACAGGAGCUGAUCAAUGUCGCUGUAACAAAGGCGGCAUCUCACUAGGUUAAAAACGUUGUGGAUUUGCCUUUUGACAUAAAUGACUACAAAAUCAAUGCAAUUUAACGAACGUGUGAUAGCGUGAAUGUAUCAAGAGUUAGAUAGCACCAACCAAAUGAAUGAAGAGGAUGUGAAUGUACCAAGGCACAGCUAGCACUAAACAAACGAAUGAAUGAGAUUUUAAUGAACCGAAGACACAGCUAGCACUUAACAAACGAUUGAAUGAAAUUUUAAUAUAUCAAAGACACAGCUAGCACCAAAUAAACGAUUGAAUGAAAUUUGAAUGAACUGAAGACACAGCUAGCACUUAACAAACGAAUGAAGAGGAUGUGAAUAUACCGAAGACACAACUAGCACAAAACAAACGAUUGAAGGAGAUUUGAAUUGACCGAAGACAAAACUAGCACAAAAUAAACGAUUGAAUGAGAUUUGAAUUGACCGAAGACAAAACUAGCACAAAACAAACGAUUGAAGGAGAUUUGAAUUGACCGAAGACAAAACUAGCACAAAACAAACGAUUGAAUGAGAUUUGAAUAUACCGACGGCACAGCUAGCACAAAAUAAACGAUGAAAUUAAAGUCCUGUACAGAACAUAUCAAACAAAGAAUGACUGUAUGGACGGAUAGUGAUUAUAUACAAAAUACGGACAUUGUCACAACAAGUAUCUAAACUUGGAGGCCAGUCAUUGUAAUAUGUUAUUACCAGCGAUCAUCUCUUUGUUUUGGCCUCUGAAUCAACACGUGUUGGUGCCUAAUGAAUGUAUGUGAAGAGUCGGUGUUUGCGAUGGACAUUAGCCAAGAGUUAUGAUGAAGUUGAUCAAUGCAAGUUUUACUAAAUGUAUGGUUUACUUUGUGUUCGUUUCCAGUAGUGCGUAAUAUCAGACCCAAACAGAAUAUAAUCGUAUCUGUAUAUAAAGAAGUUCAAUUUGAAAACAGGUGUUAUUAGAAUGGAAAGAAGGAAGAUGGAGAAAGGCUCAUGUUAAACUGUUUACCUCCAUAGUAUUAUCUCGUUAACAUUUAAACUGUUGAAUAUCAAUCACUGUAAUGGAAGGUUUUCAAAUUUGAAACAAAGAUUUUUUUUUAAAUAGAAGUGUAAGUAUAACUUAUGGGGAAUUCUACAGAGCUGUCUGUACACUUUUUCAAAAUCAUGGCUGACAAAACAUCUAUGCGAAACCUAUAAUAGACCAAGCUUACUUUUGUCUUGAAAUAUCACAUCCUUUAUUGUCAUAGAUGUGUUUCAGUGUUCAUUAAAUAUAUAUUUCAGGUAAGCUUUAAAACAACUCAUGGCCUCUUGUUUAAACGAAACAAGUAAACUAGUCCAUGUUGCAAUGGAAAUGGGAUCAUAUAUCUGUGAUCGGUGAGGAGUAUUGAUUGUUAAUGGUUAUGUGCUUUACGUGUGUUUUUUAUCAUGCUGUGUUUAAAACAAUGAUCAAUGCAAAAUAUCUACCCCAAAAAAAUAAUGAAAAGUAGCAAUUAUUCUAAAAAGAGUGAUUGUAAAUUUAAUGUAUUCCAUAACCUGUCACAGUACAGACCCCCACAACACCUGUCACAGUACAAACCAUUAAAACACCUGUCACAGUACAAACCACCUCAACACCUGUCACAGUACAAACCACCAAAACACCUGUCACAGUACAAACCAUCAAAACACCUGUCACAGUACAAACCACAAAACACCUGUCACAGUACAAACCACCAAAACACCUGUCACAGUACAAACCAUCAAAACACCUGUCACAGUACAAACCACCAAAACACCUGUCACCGUACAAACACCAAACACCUGUCACCGUACAAACCACCAAAACACCUGUCACAGUACAAACCACCACAACACCUGUCACCGUACAAACCACCUCAACACCUGUCACAGUACAAACCACCACAACACCUGUCACAGUACAAACCACCAAAACACCUGUCAAAGUACAAACUACCACAACACCUGUCACAGUACAAACCAUCAAAACACCUGUCAAAGUACAAACUACCACAACACCUGUCACAGUACAAACCAUCAAAACACCUGUCAAAGUACAAACUACCACAACACCUGUCACAGUACAAACCACCAAAACACCUGUCACAGUACAAACCCCCAAAACCUCCACCACAAGGGACCAAUACAUUAAACACGGAUAAUACGAUUUAGCUUGCUUACACCGAAUCUAAUAAAAAAAAUAGGUAAAACGAUUAUUUCGUUACAACCAAGUUAUAGACUUAUGAACAGUGUAACGGAGAAAAAUACUUCGAUAUGCCCUCAAUGUAGCGUGUAUAUUACCUAUAUCGGUGACAUCUAUAUCGUCCAUAAUCAUUCAGGUAGUUUGUGUACAUACAUUUUUCAAAACUUGUAUUAAAAAAAUGAGCUGCUAAAUUUAUGAAAUAGUAUUUAAUAUGUAGAUGUCUCUUAGUUACUGGUUGACAAACAAUACGUUGGAGUAAAGUAAUAUUCGAAUUGUAUACUGGUAGUAACACCUGAUUUUAUAGCUAAAGGUAACUAGAAUGAAACCAUAUCCAUGUACAGACAAUAUUGGAUGAUGUUUUUUUUUCAUAUUGAUGUAUGAUAAGUGUAACUAUAAGUAUAUCAUGAUUUGUGUAUUUGCUUUACAAACAAUUCAUACAUGACGCGAGCCAGAAAGUUUACAUGAAUGGAAAUAACCAACAGUAUAUAUUGCAUUCUUCAUCUGAUGUAUUCCAUAGUGAAACUAUUGUACAUUUAUUGUAUCGAUGUAAUAAUGAUGGUUUAAUAGGUGUUCAUUGCUUUUAUUUUAAAUGGAAUUUAACGUCUCGGUGUCACCGUUAAUUAAAGCUUCACCGGGAUUAUAUAUUUAAGGAGUUUUGAUGACAAAGGGAGUCGUCUCUUGGGUAGAUAUUGUAUAUCAUAUAAUUUAAUGUGCCAUUGAAAUAUUGUAUACAUGUAGUUGGUAAUAUUCGCUGGGGUUUUAAUUUCGCUAAAGUCGUAGUCAUUGAAUAUAGCGCGAGAAUAAAUACCCAGACAUAUUCAUAUAAAGCACAAAUGUAUUAUGUUUUUGCCAAAACAAAUUUAGAAGGCGGUGUUGCGCGACAUUUAAAACCGCGAACUAGUUCCGACAACUAAUCAACCUAAAUAUGACAUUUACAUGUCAUAGUCAGUUACAUUCAUCCCAUGACAACCAUACUCAACCAUUGUUGUUUCAUAUGAUUAUUGUAAUAUUGUUUGAAGCCAAUAUAUUCUGUCGUUGUGUCAAUAUGUCGCUAUGUCAAUAAGACGCUGUGCUAUUAUGUCAAUACUAUGUCAAUAUUUAGCUAUGUCAAUCUAUCACUAUGUCAAUAUAUCACUAUGUCAAUAUAUCGCUGUGUCAAUAAGUCGCUGUGUCAAUAUGUCACUACUGUGUCAAUAUUUCGCUAUGUAAGUAUUUCAUUAUCGCUUACAGAUUAAUAUUUAUUAUUUAUAACGUGACGUCAUUGUCUAGUUUCGGGAGCGGUAUCUGUACAAAAUGUUUAAUAGUGUCUGUUGGUUAGUGAAAGGAGGAAACACUCAUGUGUAGGAACUCAAGAAAACGCAAUUAUUUGAGAAGUUGUAUGGAAUUUGGGGCAAAAUCAAUGCGGAUCCACCUACAAGGCAACAAACAUCCGUAUAGCAUGUGCAGCAAGCCGUUGAAAAGGAACUUGCAUUUCUGUACGAAGCAAAUUCAAUAUGUUUCUGACUUUUCCAAAGUAGAGACUAUUAUUGUUUUAUAUUUUGACAUAUUGCUCGAGUAUUAAUAAUUGUAUAACACGGUUAUACUGUAAAAUAACGACUUGAUCGUGUAGCUUAAGUACUAUUUCACGCCAAUCCUACCUGAACUACUAAAUUGUUUGUGUUAUUGUUACUUUUACCCCAUUUUACACAAAAGUAAAGUCACAUAAGGAGGAUAUUUUUUAAGUGUACGACAGUUUCAUAACACGACGGCCAAAUCGAAACCUAAGAAAGAAAGAUUGAUAAAAUCAAAGCACAGCUUCUAAAACGAGGGACAAAUCAAAGACGGAACGGAAAGACUUUGAAGUAGAAAACCAUUUUUUGUACACAGUGUUUAGUGUGCCAUGAGACCAUUAUAAAAAUAUUGCUGUUUUAAUGUAAUUUUGAAAUGAUUUACAUGGCGAAUCGCUGUUAUGAUUAUUAUUAGAAAGAGUGAAGACAUGACCUUCGGUGAAUGUUAACUUCGUUUGUCGAUCGUAUAGAUACAGUUUAUAUAUACAUGUAUAUGAAAUUAUAUCAAAUUGUAAACCACACACACAUUACAAUGUACAAAAUUAUAAUACAUACUACUGUCAAUGUUCGCCUUUUCAACAUUGUAUAUUAGUAUGAAAUAUAUACGGCUUGUUUAGACUUGCGCCAUGUAUAAAUCCAGUGUUGUAUAUAACGUGUAAGGUAAUGUGGUAUGGACUAGUGCCAAUUAAACUGUUUGUGGCGGGUGAUAUAUGUAAAUAAGUAAGAUUUACAUAGAGAUGGGAGCUGUCGUCUUGUCUUGUGCUAGAUAUCAAUGUUAAACCUCGCGGCGUCUUUAUAUGAAUAUUGAAUAUAAUAGACUACUUGCAUUAUCAUAUUCUACUACAAAAUAUAAUAUUUUACAGUCUUAGAGUCAACAAAUGAUAUUACUGUAUAUAGAUAUAAACAUUUAUGUUGUGUUAUUGUAUUCUGCGUAUCAUUGUGUACAUUUUGUGCGUAUGACAUGCACGUGUAUUUCGAGUUAUGUUCACACUCUGUCACGUACGUAUAUUGCCACAAUAUGCACGUGUAUAUGGUGUCACCAUAGACCAGGCGUAUAUUGCCACAAUAUGCACGUGUAUAUGGUGCCACGAUAUGCACCUGCAUAUAUUGCCACAAUAUGCCAGGUGUACACGUAUAUGAUGCCACCAUAUGCCACAGUAAUGUUUUGCCUCAAUAUGCACGUGUAUAUGGUGCCACAAUGUUGUAUUUGGUGCUGUUGUCUGUUGAUCUGUGAGCUUACAUAUCCUGUUUGACAAGAACCGUCCAUGUAUCUGUGUAAACAAUAAAAUCGAUGUUGUGCUA